AUGUCUAUAUUUUCUCUCUACAACACCUUGUUGCUGAAUCAAAACAACAAACCCCUCUCUCAAUCCGCCAUUACCUCCUUUCUCUCCAUCGCUUCUUCUCUAACCAACCCUUGUCUCUCUUCUUCGUUUUCUCAACCCAGAUCACCCCAACCAUCACCCCCCAGCCAACCCACCACCGUCGCCCACCCUCUCUCUCUUCUCUUUCUUUCCUCUUUCCUCCAUUUCUCCCUGCCUUGUUCGCUGCCCCACGCCCCUGUUCGCGUCUGCCAGCUCUGGCGAGCAACACCCCGGUGCAACCCAGCAGCGGCUAAGUUUUGUGCUGCUGCGACACCAUCACUGUCCCGUUCUUCUUUCUCUCCUUCAUCAACGCAGGCCAUGCAACUGUCGGAUGUUAUUAAGGUUGGAAGUGAAGAGAUGGAUCUUGGUUACGAGGUUUGGACUCUAGAGGUCGGUGCUCAUGUUGGCCGCAAUGAGCCCUACCAAUUUGAUGGGUUCAUGUCUUUGUUAAACUCAUUCGACAAUAGUUAGUUUCUGUUGGACAUGACUUUCAGUACGUAAUUCAUGUAUUAGAUACUAUAGACAAAAACGAUUAUCUGGUCUGGAAAGAAUGGGUUUAUUUUAAAAAAAAUUUGGAUGUUCGUUUCUAAAUAUUAAUGAUGUUCACCGUUAUUGUAUCCAUCCAGAUGGUUAAUUUAUUAGACAAGAUGGAUGUUCAUUCUGAUUAUAUGAUCUCACUUAUUGAUUACACGAUUAUCGCUACUUACAAAUGUUGGAUGUUCGUCUUUACAUAUAACUGGA